CUGGAAAUGCUCAAAUGCCAUAAAUUAAUUAUUUAUUCGCUGUUUUUACAUUUUCGGUGUUUCUACGCUACCUUCUUCAUCAUAUUUAUACUGCCCCCUCGCUCUCAUUUCUCUCUCGCGGCGAACAAGUCCAUCCUCCAUCGUUGUGUAAGCUCAAAGCCUCAAACACACCGUACAAAAACCAGUAGUAGAUCGAAGAAGAAACCCAGGGAUCGAACAAGAUGUCGUGGCAAACCUACGUCGAUGACCACCUGAUGUGUGACAUCGAGGGCAAUCACCUCGCGUCCGCGGCGAUCAUCGGCCAAGACGGCAGCGUUUGGGCUCAAAGCUCUACCUUCCCUCAGUUUAAGCCUGAGGAAAUAACUGCCAUUAUGAAUGACUUUUCUGAACCUGGAUCACUUGCUCCAACUGGCUUACACUUUGGUGGCACAAAGUAUAUGGUGAUCCAAGGAGAACCGGGGGCUGUUAUUCGAGGGAAGAAGGGCUCUGGUGGUAUUACUGUCAAAAAGACCAAUCAGGCCUUGAUCGUUGGUGUCUAUGAUGAGCCACUGACUGCUGGCCAGUGUAACAUGAUUGUUGAGAGGCUUGGCGAUUAUCUUAUUGAACAGGGCCUUUAGUUGCCUCGUGAAAUAAUAUUGCAUAAUUUGAGGUCAUGAGGAACUCUGCGUGGAAACAAAGGUAUUUGGUUGUUGGAGCGUGGUAGAUAUGAUCUAUUCCGUAUUUAAGCUGUCUUUGUAUUCUGCCCAUGAAAAGGGGUUAUGAUGAUUUUCAAGUGAGUGAGAGAUACCUUAUCUGAUCUUAUCUAUCAUUCUGUCAAAUAGAGAGUUUUGGGAUUUUUAUAAUGGAUGUGUUAGAUUGACCUUUCUUUCGUGGUAUCUAUUCUCUCUUUUGUAUGUCUCAUAAAUUAAAACUGCAUGUUUCAUGUUUGGUUUC